AUGACUAUUAUUUUUCUUUAUUUUCUUAUUAUUUAUUUCUUAGUUAACUCAACAACAACAGCAACAUGUAAUUUUACUGCAUGUGAUUUUCAACGAAUAUCAUGUUCAUCAAAUCUUGAUUGCGAUUGUUUUUCAUUAACAUCCCCUUCGAAUAUAGGAAUAUGUGCUGUAGCUACUCUCUCUUGUACAAGUGUUGUACGCUGUAAUAUGGAUAAUGUAACUUGUUCAGUCGAGAGUACAAUCUGUGUGAAUAGUGCACGAUGUGAUCAACCAAUAUGCUAUCCAUUAGCUAUGGCAAAUAAACAAAUUUGUCCACCAAAAACUGUCACAAUACGUACAACUAGCACAACUAAAUCUACGACAAAGAUUGCGACAACAACUCAAAAGAGUACGACUACCACUAAAAAAUCGACAACAACAACUACUCAAAAGUCUACAACUACCACUAAAAUAUCGACACACGCACCAAUAACAACAACAGGAUGGUUUUCUACUGGCAAUAUGACUAAUGCACGAGCUGGUCAUACAACAUCUGUAUUAUCAAAUGGAAAAGUAUUAGUUACUGGUGGUUCAUCCGAUGACUUUAUUGCUUUCAAUAGUGCUGAACUGUAUGAUCCAUCAACAGGCAUUUGGACAACUACUGGUAACAUGAAUAAUGCACGAUAUAUUUACACAGCAUCUAUGUUAUCAAAUGGAAAAGUAUUAGUUAUUGGUGGAUACAAUAAUGGUAGUAUUUUAAAUAGUACUGAAUUGUAUGAUCCAUCGACAGGCGUUUGGGCAACUACUGGUAACAUGAAUAAUGCACGAUAUUAUCACACAGCAUCUGUAUUAUUAAAUGGAAAAGUAUUAGUUACUGGUGGAUAUAAUUAUGGUGGUAAUUUAAAUACUGCUGAGCUGUAUGAUCCAUCAACAGGUACUUGGACACCUACAGGUAGCGUGACUAAUGCACGAUUUGAACACGCAGCAUCUGUAUUAUCAGAUGGAAAAGUAUUAGUUACUGGUGGUGUUGGCGCAGGCAAUACUGCUAUGAAUAGCGCUGAACUGUAUGAUCCAUCAACAGGUACUUGGACAAUUACUAGUAACAUGAAUAAUGCACGAGAUUCUCACACAGCAUCUGUAUUACCAAAUGGAAAAGUAUUAGUUACCGGUGGGAAUGGUAAUAAUGGUUUUUUAUCUAGUGCUGAGCUGUAUGAUCCAUCAACAGGCAUUUGGACAACUACCGGUGACAUGAAUAAUGCACGGGUUGUUCACACAGCAUCUGUAUUAACAACUGGAAAAGUAUUAGUUACUGGUGGAUAUAAUUAUCCUAAUUUUUUAAAUAGUGCCGAGCUGUAUGAUCCAUCAACAGGUACUUGGACAAAUACUAGUAACAUGACUAAUGCACGAGAUUUUCACACAGCAUCUGUACUACCAAAUGGGAAAGUAUUAGUUACUGGUGGAUAUAGUUAUUAUAGUGCUUUAAAUAGUGCAGAGUUAUAUUAA